AUGGACGACAACGGCAUCUGCCUCCCCAGCGACCUCCUCCUCGACGUCCUCCGGCGCCUCCCCGGCCGCGCCCUCGCCGUGUCCCGGUGCGUCUGCGGCGCCUGGCGCGAGCUCGUCGGCGCCCAUACCCACACCCUCCUCCUCCCGCAGGUCUUCCCUCGCGAGUUUCCCGGCGUCUUCGCCACCUACUACGGCUUCGACCCCAACUUCGCCCUGUUUGGCCCGCCGGUGUCGGGUGACGCCCAUGUUCCCGGCUAUCGGCGUCUCUUCUGGAACCACUCGGAUUGCCGCGUGAAGCAGCACUGCAACGGCUUGCUCCUCGUAACAGGGAAUUACAGAUACGACCCUUCAUUGAAUACCAUCGGCGUGUGCAACCCAGCCACGUCGCGGUACGCCCGCCUGCCGCAGCCGCCGACGCCAUGGCCGUAG